AUGGAAAUGACGCAGUACUGGGGUUCAGAGCGUUAUCCCAGCGGAAAAGGGUGUUCUGCGAAACACGUGUUGACAGUGCUGAUAGCGACAAGGACAGAGCACGCAGUAAUUGGUAACCCAGAUAAGACCACAAGAUAUAUCGCUUCUUAAAAUUAGGACAUCUUGUCCUGCUGUCUGGAAAUCGUUUUAACUUUCGUUUUAGCGUACAGACAGAAAGGGUGAAGGCAAACCGUGUGAAACAGGCGCGCUAUACACAGUGACGGGUAUUAGUCGAACAGUCGUCUGGUGGUUGCUGUCGGAGUGCAGCUAACGGAGAAAGUUCUCGGUAUUUGGCAGUGUUGUUGACCAACUCGAGGAAAUAAAGAGCAGUUAUUGCGAAUUACUACGGAGACGCUUGCCAUGGCGGACUACCUUAUCAGUGGGCAGACAGGCUAUGUGCCCGAAGAUGGACUGACCGGACAACAGCUGUUCAAUUGCGGAGAUGGCCUCACAUACAAUGACUUCCUUAUCCUCCCUGGAUACAUUGAUUUCACUGCAGACCAGGUGGACUUGACAUCUGCGCUCACCAAACAAAUCACCAUGAAGACCCCUCUGGUGUCAUCACCCAUGGAUACAGUUACUGAGUCAGGGAUGGCCAUUGCAAUGGCGCUUACAGGAGGUAUUGGGUUCAUCCAUCACAAUUGUACCCCAGAGUUUCAGGCUAAUGAAGUUCGCAAAGUCAAGCGGUAUGAGCAGGGCUUCAUCACAGACCCGGUGGUGAUGAGCCCCAAGGAGCAGGUGCGGGACGUCUUCCAGGCCAAAGCCAGGCACGGCUUCUGCGGGAUCCCCAUCACGGACAACGGCCGCAUGGGCGGCCGCCUGGUCGGCAUAAUCUCCUCCCGGGACAUCGACUUCCUUAAGGAGGAGGAGCAUGACUUGCCACUCAGUGAGGUAAUGACUAAACUGGAGGACCUGGUUGUGGCUCCAGCAGGAGUCACUCUGAAGGAGGCCAAUGAGAUCCUGCAGCGUAGCAAGAAGGGUAAGCUGCCCAUUGUGAAUGAGGAGGGCUGCUUGGUGUCCAUCAUUGCACGCACGGACUUGAAGAAGAACCGCGACUUCCCCCUUGCCUCCAAGGACCCGCGCAAGCAGCUGCUCUGUGGCGCUGCCAUUGGGACGCACACCGACGACCGCUACCGCCUGGACCUGCUGGUGCAGAGCGGUGUGGACGUGGUGGUGCUGGAUUCUUCUCAGGGGAACUCAAUCUUCCAGAUCAACAUGAUCAAGUAUAUCAAGGAGAAAUACCCCCAGCUACAGGUCAUCGGGGGCAAUGUGGUCACAGCGGCUCAGGCAAAAAACCUCAUAGAUGCUGGCGUGGAUGCUCUCCGUGUUGGAAUGGGCAGUGGCUCUAUCUGCAUCACACAAGAAGUGCCCCCUUCUAUUCCUCCUGAUAUUAAGCUCCACAGCCCCAAAACCCCUUCUACUGUUACGGGAUACAGCAUGCUGGCAUGUGGACGUCCUCAGGCCACUGCAGUGUACAAAGUGUCCGAGUAUGCAAGACGAUUUGGAAUCCCAGUCAUUGCUGAUGGAGGCAUCCAAACUGUUGGACACGUUGCCAAGGCACUGGCUCUCGGAGCCUCGACAGUGAUGAUGGGCUCCCUCCUGGCUGCCACCAGUGAAGCACCAGGGGAGUAUUUCUUCUCUGAUGGGAUCAGGCUGAAGAAGUAUCGUGGAAUGGGCUCAGUGGAUGCUAUGGACAAGAACCUGGGCUCUCAGACCCGCUACUUCAGUGAGUGCGAUAAAAUUCGCGUGGCGCAGGGCGUGUCUGGUGCGGUGCAGGAUAAAGGAUCCAUUCACAAGUUUGUCCCCUACCUGCUGGUGGGAAUUCAGCACUCCUGUCAAGACAUUGGAGCCAAGAGCCUCACCCAGCUCAGGGCCAUGAUGUACUCUGGAGAUCUGAAGUUUGAGAAGAGGACAGCUUCAGCCCAGAUGGAGGGAGGGGUGCACAGUCUGCACAGUUAUGAGAAGCGCCUAUUUUGAGAAUGGUGAAGAUGGACUCUCUUUCUCCAGACGCCAAACACAAUCCCGUCCUCUAUAUACACUGGAACCCCCCCCCCCCCCUUUCGAAAAUACUUGUGCUCUGCCAAACCACGAAGAAUCAAAAAUACUAAGACAAACUACUCCAACCCAUAACAUUUUUCAUUGCCUGUGUCUGUUACUGUUCUAACAGGGAGGGAGGGCUGGUGAUCAUGAAUGGCCUGUCUCUGCUCUCUCUGUGUGUAUGUGUAUGCUUGUGUGUAUGUAUGUAUGUAUGCGUGUGUGUGUGUAUGUGUAUGCUUGUGUGUAUGUAUGUAUGUGUGUGUGUGUGUGUGUGUGUGUGUGUGCGCGCAAAUGCAUGUUUGUCAUACGCCUACCAUACUUUAAGCAAAGUUUUUUCCCGAAGUGUUAAAAUAAAUGUGCAGAAAUAUUUUUUUCCAUGAA